AUGGCCGCCGCGACUCAACUGAUGCCCUCCCAAGCCCAGCAGCAGGCCGGCCUCCAGUCUGCCUUCAGUCCCUACACAGACUCGCCCGCCUCGCCCGCCAACUUCAACCCGCACUUCCACUCCUCCAACCGCUCGUCGUCUGCCCACACCCUGUCCGAUUCGCUGCCGCCGCCCUCGCCGUACGGCACCGUCGAGCCCUCGCCCGUCGACAGCAAUGACAGCAACACCACCAACACCACCGACAUCGACGAUGAGUCGCAGGACGGCACCGCCAGCAGCAGCCAUGGCAGCAUGAGCAGUCAAGACAGCGAGCCCGACUCCGCCGCCCCGUCGACCCAGCUGCAGCUCGACACCACCGUCCGCGCCCGUUCCAACUCGGACGACCAGCCGCAGUCCGUCAUUCACGCCCCUCCCGGCUACCAGCAUUUCACUGCUCAGUCGCCCGCCGACACCGAGAACACCGACACUUCGGCCACGACCGUCGUCUCGCCAGCCCAGCCCAAUGCCGACCGCAGCGACCGCAGCGACCGCAGCGACCACAGCGACCACAGCGAGCAUAGCAAGCAUGGCGAGCCCCACACAGCCGCAGAUGAUUUGCACGCCGCUCCGUCCGAGCCCCCGCCAACGCUCGACACGUCAGUCCCGAGCCGGCAUGACAGGACCACGCCACGCGCGCAGACGAGACAGGAGGCCGACGAGGAGCGGAAGCGGCGGAGCCGACCAAACAGCCGGCUUGAAGACAUAGCUGAGACGGACGCGCAAUCGGAGCUGGACUCGCAGUCGGAGCUGGACACGGAGCUCAGCGAUGGUGACGAAACCGACGCCGACCAGCCCCAGACAAUGGGCCAAGCUCUCGAGGACCUCAACCAGGCCGAGCAGGAGGUCAAGGCCCUCAAGACCGCCCUGACCGAGUGCUGGACCCUCUGCAACACCCUGGCCGGCCUGAGCUCCAUCCACCGCGAGCGCAUGUUCAAUUUCUCCGGCCUGGGCGACCAGGGCGAGCAGGCGUGGAAGUCGUGCUGGCGGCUGUGCCAGAAGCUGUACGAGAGCCGCGAGGAAGGUUCGGCUGGCGAGGUGCGACCCACCCUGGAGUUGUGCCGUGACUUUUGUCAGGCGCUGUUCGAGGCUCGGCAUCGUGUCGACGAGGCGUCGGAUUCGGUGCUCCGGGUGAGCUUCGAGCUGAACAACCAUUUGUACAACACUGCCGACCGGAACCUGCCCGAGGCAUUCCGCGAGCGGACCCUGGACUUCUACAUCACGCUCUGCCACCGGCUAAUGAAACAGCGGACCUCAUUGCCCCAGGAGACCGACUCGCUGCUGCGCGCUUGCUGGUCGUUGGCUGAGAUGCUGUUCAGCAUCCGCCAGAAUCGCCGGGACGGCAAACCGCCGGAUGAGGAGCUCCUGGGGUCCGCCGUUCAAGCUUGCUGGGAGCUGUGUGACCUCUUCCGCGAGGGAUGGACCCAGAUCCGCCCUGAUCGUGGCACUCCACGGCCGAGUCAAUCCGGGUUCCCCACAGCUCCUUCCUACAGCAAUGCGCAUGGGUCAAGUCAGCGCGGUCGGUCCGUGGUUACCGAGUCAGAGCGUUCCCUGGAUCUGAGCUUCCACAGUGCCAUUUCCCUGCCGCCCGAGACUCCCACUACCAUAUUCGACGACGUCGCCGAGAGUUCCCCCGACGAGCCCAACGUGCCCAACAUCCUCGUUCUGGGGCCGGAGAACCGCACGACGCGCACGCACAACCGCUGGUCUUCGUCGGCAUCCAUCCUGUCCGGCUACACAGAGACGUCAUCGCAACGCUCCAGCUCGACGGCAAGAGCGGGCCGCGAAGAUCCCCAUCUCAUCCGCUUGAAGACGCUCAUCCUGCGGGCUGCCAUGAAUGCCGGUUACACGCGCACCGCAGCCACGACGCUCCCUGCGUUUGUCAAGUCGCUCCCCUCGAACAGUUUCGGGUCGCAGCCUUGGCAGAUGGACCUGUUGUCGUCGUACAAGAAGCUGGUCUUGGCCGAUCCGACGAUGCGGGUGCCUGCCGCGCAGCUCCCGUCGCGGAGGCUGGGCGCUGCCGAGGUGGCGAUGGCUGUGCAGUGGAUGAGCCGGGCGGAGCAGUUCAGCUGGUUCAAGGACCUGUACAGGCUGGUCUUUGGCUUUUUCCCGGAGGACAGCGUGCAGAGGGGCAAUGUCGUCAUCCAGACCUGA